AUGACUUACAAUGCUGUAUCGCAGGAUGAUCCCGAAGUGGCUUCGAAUGCCUCCGAUUCCGAUGCCUCUCGCAGUUCUUCGCCGGUGCUGUCGCAACAACGUCAUGGGUUUCAACAAUUGUCGUCCGACGCAGAUAGUCUCGGAGCUGGCCAUCAUCUUGAACCAGCCAGAGCAGCGGAUGAUAUUAGUGUCGGGGAUUUGGUUUCGAUGAUUCGCUCAAUAAGUUCCGCGAGCUACGACAUGGUUGAAGAGGACGAUGACUAUGAGGAACCUACUAUCGAGCCAAAAUCCAAUAGUUCCCGCCGGGGUCCUCCGCCCAUUGACACGGCGACCACCACUGCUGCCGCAGGCCCGAAUGAAAGCCAGAUUCAGUCUCGAUCAGCGUCGUGUAACGUUUCUCCUGAUGAACCACCUCUGCGAUCCCCCGCCAGUGAUAAACCCGUGCCGCUCAGCCAUCCGACUCCAGAUCUUCAGUCGUUACAAGGUGCUUACGUGGGAAAUGUCGAGCGGUUGGAAAGGAGUGCAGAACAAAUGAGCGCUGGCUCAUCGGAUAUUGCAAGUGAGAUUCGUAGGAUGGAUUUGGAACAGAAGCGGCGCAGCUCGACUGCCUCGGUCGCCAACUCGGCCAUUAACCUUCAAUCACCCCGUGGCUCCGUUCGUUCUGCUACUCGUAUGCCAUCUUCUCAGUUGACGCUGUUGACUGAGGAUGGAUAUGAGGGACAGCCGUUUCAUGAUCAAACGCAGGGCGUUCCAGUGAUUCUACAACCGCCAGCUGCUAUCCAGUACGACAACCAGUACUAUCCCGCGCUUUACGAUAUCGAACGUCCAUCUAGCGCUGCCUCCGGCGAUACAUAUCAACAAGCCAGAAUUUUGUUUUCGGAUUUCGAUGGGGUGCAUUAUGUUCCCCAGGACAAGGGCCAAGGUAUCGAGCGCCAAGCUUCUUUGGCAAGACCCCCUAUGGCGAAACGGUCCAAGCCGUACCGGGCAGAGAGUAUGGUCUACUAUCCGGCACCGGUUCCUGCGACGCUUAAGCUACCUCCACGCUUGUCCGACAAGUCAGUCCCUCAACGGGAAACACGGCGCACUCAUCGUCUGAGCUCUGUUUUUCUGGGUCAAAGACGAUCCACACCAGGACUCUCUGACCGCUUCGCUACACCGCGCGGAACAGACACAACGCAAUCAUCACCCGUUGCUACUCUGGACCGGAUGCUUGACGAUUCUGUACAUGCUCCAGUUACAGCACCCAUUCAUCCAGACCCGAGUCCUCGAGUUCCUAAAACAUUGCACCGGAGAAUGCCGUCUCAAAACCUGACAGAACAGAAGAAAAAGCGCAGCUCCCGUGGCUUGUUCCGAUUUCAUAAGAGAUCUUCCAGCCCCGAUGACCGCCCCAACACUUCUACAGGCCAUUUGUCUCAAGGCCACUUGUCCCAACCAACAGAAGUCGAAGUGGCAGAGGCGCAUGAGAAUACGGCCUUACAAAAUGAUGCCGCGCAUGAACAAGAACGUGAUAGCGUUGGAUUGGAUCACAGCGAGGAGGAUAUCCGUGACUACAUGGGUGCUCCAAAUACCUUGAUGGCAGAAUUGGAAGUGCGAAAGCAUGAGCUCAAGCACCGAACCCGCCCGGCCGCUGACCGUGUGGGGUUGCGUUCAACUUUACUUCAGCUUGACGCAGUUGCCCAGGUACAGAGUGAGCACCGACGACAAAGGCCUGCUACCAUCGCCUUGGACCAUCACGAUGCUCACAACGGUGGAAACGACCAUGAUGAUGAAGACGUGCCUCUUGGAAUGCUAUACCCCGAGAAGCCAUACAUACCCACCGAACCGCGGCCGCUGGGUCUUCUGGAAAAGAAACAGCUGGAAGAAGACGAACCCCUUAGCAGGCGUCGCGCCCGAUUACGGGGUGAGCAACCGGAUCAAUCACCGAGUCUGUCACAGCAAGCUAGCACGGGUUACCUUCCCGAUGCCCUCAACAAUGCUGGUCCCGAAAGUGGUGACGAGGAAGAAACCCUGGCCCAGCGCCUCAAGCGUCUAAGAGCGAAGAACCGGAACAGCACGGCUGGAAACAGUGAUUUCGCAAGCGAGAUCUUUGCAGAAAUCAACCACCUUAAAGAGGACGAAAAAGAAGAUGGGGAGGCACCCGGAGAAGAAACUUUGGCACAAAUACGGGCUCGCCUACGACAGCAGGACACAAAAAAGCCGCAAUCUGGUCGCUACGCCAACGUUUCCCGGAACAGAAGAAGCAUGGGAAGUAUUUCCCUCAUGCGUCCGGUCACUGCUCAACGACAGUCGUCCACCAGUCACCACACCACUCCGCCAUAUGCACAGCACGCCUAUGCCGGUUCUCGCAUGUCCCUGCAGCAAAUGCCACCGAACUAUGGACAUCCGCAGCAUGUCGGGUACCCGAUGCAGCAUGCGUAUGGGAACGGGAUGGCGCAUCCCAAUAUGGCUUACCGCAACUGCAUGGGAUCUGGUGCACCGCAUCAUGCGACGAUUGGGGCGUCGACGACUGACUUGCCACAGCGAGAGAUGAUUGAUCGCUGGCGGCAGAGCGUUAUGUAG